AUGCGUUUACGAAGCGGAUUGGAUAAGUCUAGCGAGCGAGAUAGUCGGAAUCAGCCUGCUGAAGCCGCAAAUUUCGGUAUGGAGGAACAUCCUUUUACAGAUUUUGGCUCAAAUGGCGCAGAUGUUGGUUCUUCGAGGCAGAGUAAUGGAUCGCCAUCCGAGCCUGACACUCGGAACUGUGAUAUUUCCGAUGGACAGCAGGCACAAGACAUAGUCCUCUCUAGUCAACAUGGGGAUUAUCAAGAGACUCAAAUGGCAUCAUCAUAUCAUAUUCAAAGAUCUUGCUCAGUACCAUCAUCAUUUUAUGACCCAACUCUCUAUCCCGAGCCUUCUAUUCCUGUGUCAUAUCAUGGUACAUCUGCAUCAAAUUUACAGCCGUAUACUACUAUAACUACAACUGCCUCUCAACCUCAACUUCAACAUAACGAUCCACCCUUUAUGCCAUCUCACAUUAAUGCACCUCAGCCUGAGUCUAUUUACACCUCCGCCUCACCUUCUUACCCCUACCCGCCGCCACCACCAGUUCCUACACCACCGCCUCCCCCACACUUUCAUCGCUUUGAUCCCUCUCAUCAUUAUCCCCAAGCUCAUCCACUAUACCACCAAGCCCAAAACCAAAACCACCUCCCUCUCACUCAGCCUCAAGCUCAAACACAGCACGUCCCAUCUAUUGGAUCAGACUUCCCGCCUCUUCUCACUUCCCAAGCCCAACUGCAGACUCGACAACCCCAUCACCAAUUUCAAGGAGGUCCCUGGUCUCCACUCUCCGCUCAAGAAUCCCGCAAACGCCGCGCUUCAGACGCGUUGAGUACUGUAGAACUGGGAGUUCCUGACGCAGAUGUAAAUUGGGGGUAUAAGGAUAAAAUGGGCCAGGAGCUCGAUUCUCUGGAGAUGCAAAGUAGGAGUAUGAGGAGGAGGGACGAACGGGGUGAGGGUAGCGAGGGGAGAAACGUUCCAGGAAGCAACAGAAGAAGUAGAAGAAGAUUGAACUAUGAAGAUGUAGGAAAUGGAAGUGCGGGACGAAGACAAGGAGGAAGAGAUGAAGAUGAAGAUGAGAAUGAAGUUGAGUACGAAGCAAGAAUGACGCGAGGGGAAGAGGAAGAAAGAGGUCGAGGAAAUGGACAUGCGUUUUCUUGA